AUUCAGCUGAGAGUGACGCAUCCUCCCAUCAGCUGUUUUUGUUUUUCUUGGAGAACGCUGGAAGUUAAUAACACCAUAAUAACAGGAUCCCUCACCGGUUACGGUGAUCCAGCGGAUCCAGGGGGUGUUAAGGUUGAAAUGUGAUCUUGUUUAGAUCCGGCAUACCUCAUCCGUCGGCCAGUGAACGCUCCCCGAGCCGCUAUCUGAACCUGAACAUUCCUUCCCCUGAAGAGUGUGAGCGUGGCGCUUGGAAUCUGGACGCCGAGGAGGAGCAGCGGGCUCGGGCAGGGAUCGGCCCGAGCCAAAGGCCUACAACCUCGGACAGCGAGAAGACGGAGGACCAGGCGGCCCGGAUGGAGACCCAGGACACGUUUUCGGAGGGCCCCGGAGCGCACCGACUCUUCAUCUGUGCCUCGUUCAACCAGGACACCACUUCUCUGUCUGUGGGCACAAAAACGGGGUACCGGCUCUUCUCUGUCACAGCUGUGGACAAACUGGACUGCAUCCAUGAGGGAGUGGAGUGCCCAGAUGUCUAUAUAGUGGAGCGACUGUUCUCCAGCAGUCUAGUCGUGGUGGUCAGUCUUUCCAUGCCCCGUCGAAUGAACGUCUACCACUUCAAGAAGGGUACAGAGAUUUGUAACUACAGCUACUCCAACAACAUCCUCUCGGUCAAGCUGAACAGACAGCGACUGGUGGUGUGCCUGGAGGAGUCGAUCUACAUCCACAAUAUCAGAGACAUGAAACUACUCAAGACCCUGCUCAACACACCGGUCAACCCAACAGGCCUGUGUGCGCUGUGUGUCAACCACGGUAACUCCUACCUUGCAUACCCAGGCAGUGCCACCAUUGGAGAGAUCACAGUCUAUGACGCCAACAACCUGAGCACCGUUACCCUGAUCCAAGCCCACGACAGUCCGCUAGCGGCCCUGACGUUCAACGCCUCGGGCACAAAACUGGCCAGUGCAUCCGAAAAGGGUACUGUUAUCAGAGUUUUUAGUGUUCCAGAGGGUCAGAAGUUGUUUGAAUUUCGGCGAGGGAUGAAAAGAUAUGUUAGCAUCAGCUCUUUGUCAUUCAGUGCUGACGCUCAGUUCCUGUGUGCCUCCAGCAACACUGAGACUGUUCAUAUCUUUAAACUGGAACAACACAGCCCCAGUCAAGACGAGGACUCUCCAACUUGGUCAGCAUAUGUGGGGAAAAUGUUCACGGCAGCCAGUACCUACUUGCCCACCCAUGUUUCUGACAUGAUGCACCAGGACCGAGCCUUCGCCACUGUACGACUCAACAUGUUUGGCUUGAAGAACAUCUGUGCCCUGGCCACGAUUCAGAAGCUUCCACGUCUGCUAGUUGCAUCCUCGGAGGGGUACCUCUAUAUCUACAAUGUAGAUCCGCAGGACGGAGGCGAGUGCACCCUUGUUCAAAAACACAGACUCUUUGAAUCAAGUGAGGAGCAAGAGGAAGAGAAGGAAGAGGAGAACCAAGAGGACGGCCUCCAGCAACCAGCUGGCCAAUCAUACGCUGCCACUGUGGCUUUACCUUCAACACCGCCCUCCUCUACCACACUCAUGGGUAACAUGGGCUACUCAGAAGAUGGUGGAACGCAGAGGGGGGAAGUUUUCCCUGAGCAUGAAUUUGCAGAGGGCCCGGUUUGUCUGGAUGACGAGAACGAGUUUCCUCCAUUCAGCAACCAGAAAAGGAUGAUCAAAACUAACACAGACGACUAGAGAUGUUGGCUUCCCUGACCUUCCACCUAGCUCAUCGUUUACCUUGGAUACGAUGUCAAAGAAUAUUACUUGCUGGUCGUUCCCGUGUUCUGUGUUUCUUUUAUUCUGUAAGACAUCUGAGAAAAGGAGAACUAGGACAUCCCUCAUUAGGGAAACACCUCCAGAUUCUUCUUUGUUUUAUCAAGAGUACCCAAUAUAAUGCCAUAGUCAAUAGAAUUAGAUAUUUGUAGUAACAUGUACACAGAAUGCAGACAGUGUUUCAUGAAGAUUUAUGAACCCUUUUGAUUUUUUUUCCUUAUUAAUUUUAAUGUUUUCUACAUGAAUAUUGCACUUUUUUCUUUACCCAAGUGUUAUACUUUUAGAAAAUGGUCCGAUAUUUCCUGUGUUUGGCUGGACACAUGCUGGCAGUUUACAUUUGGCAAUACGUGUGACCCUUACAUGCAGCCCCAACAAUAAGAAAAAACGAUCUUGUAACUUCUAAUUUCUAAGUGCUGUAUAUGAGUUUAGAACAACUGAAGGCAUAAAAAUAAAUUUUAGUAUAAAUUUAAAUGUUCUGGGUUGUUUUCUCAUAGUAUUGGCCUGGAUAAUCAAACCCAACUGGCACCAUUUACGCUCCCUCUGCAAUGUUUCUUUUUCUUUUAACUUAAUUCUGAAGUUUCAUUUAAAACAAAAGCUCCAUUGUGGCUCUUAUCUGUGAACUAAACUGUUUCACAACAGUGCGCAUGGUCUUGAGAAAUCUGAAAAGGUAACACCAUGAAAAGUGAUCUUCAUGUGAAUAUAGAUCUAAAAAAUACAGGCUGGUAACAUGUUUGCUGUAGAGCUUCAAAAAUGAUAUUGCCCUUAGAAAUCUUCACCCUUUUCACUACUGUACCUUAAGUGGUAAGACAAUUCUUGUUUUUCAAAUAACGUGAUGGAAUCACAUGAGAUAGUAAUUCAUUUAUUACCAAAAAGACCUAAAUCUAGUUUCACCUUCCACUGAUUUGCUAAGUCUGUACCUUUUUGUUCUCUUUGUCUCGUGUAGGACAAAAAAAGCAUUAUUCUAUUUUUGCAAAAUGGAAAGGAAACUUCCAAAAAAGUUCAUGAACUUUCCGACAUUACUAUUGGUCCAAGAACUACUAUUACCGUAGCGACCAAAAACACCCAUCCAGCUACUGACUAUUCCCGCUUAUGCAUUUGGGGUGGGGGGAGUCUCUUACUCCAGUGGUCAUCGGGGUAAAAACUGUUAUUCAAAAUUAUUUACACCCCUUGAACUUUGUCACAUUUUAUCACGUUACAACUUGACUUUUACUGGCUACUUCUAAUACAUGAGUACGCUUCGAUAUAAAGCUGGGUUGCCCAAGUCAGCAGGUUUCCUGUAAGAAUUGGGAUACAUGAACUCUGACCAAUGUUUCUAUCCCUUCUGAGGAAAAGCAUCCCCACAGCAUCAUGCUGUCACCACCAUGUUUCACAGUGUGCAUGGUAUAUUUAGGGUGUUGAGCUGUGUUGGUUGCCGCCACACAUCACUCCUGCAUGUAGGCCAAUAACUUCAGCUUGACCAGAGAUCUUUGUACCACGUGUUCACUGUGUGCCCUACUUGGCUUACGGUAAAGCAAAUGGGACUAUUUACAGCUCUAGGUGUUUGUUUCAGCUAUUUGUUUUUUUAUUUUCAGUUAUGGGGUUUUAUAUAUGUUUUAAUAUGAUACUGUUGACCCUUCUUAGCUUAUGUUAGCUUUUAACCUUGUUUUCAGAUUUAAUUUCCAGAAAAAAUGCGCUAUUUUCCCUUCUCCACCAAUUAUGUUCAAAUCGCAGCAGCUCUAGUUCAUUAAACUAUUGGAGCUACAAGCUCCAGUAAAAGUCAUUUGAGCAUGUAGUGUGACAAAACGUUCAAGGGGUAUGAAUACUUUUGCGAGGCACUGUAAAUGUGUUGUAUUCCAGCAGUAGCAACGAAUCAACAACUGGGCUGAACAUGCAGCUUUCGUUAAAGAGUCGUUAAAGCUCAUCUGAGAUGAGCUUGGCUGGGUUCUUUUAAAGCCCAGAACUUUGUGAAUAUCUCCCCAAAUGAAUCACCUGAAGUCUGCCGACCAGUUUGUCCUUCCUGCUACCUGGAAGCAUUUUCAAGUCGGAGACCCUUUAAAUGUUUACUACAUUUAUUGAAGGUUAUUAAUGGCCAUUGCCUCAAAACAGAGAAGAUUGGUGCUCUAUAGAAGGAAAGGAUAGUGUAUGAUACACUAUUUAAAUCAUUACACAUGUCAUACAUAUUAGAUUACUUGCAGAUGCUGCUAAGAUGCUAAUCAUGCUGGCAACAGAAGAGACCAUUGGGAGUCACAAAUGUAACCUGAUAAUAUAUUUAGAGUUGUUGACUCUUAGAGGGGGUUGUUGGCACAAAUGUUAGAGAGUUGGUGACGAGCUGCACGUGGUAAAGCGACAGCUCCUUGACUUUCAGUUCACGAUUAAGAGCUUUUUAAUAACAUGAGAUGUUAAGAUGUACCUCAUAGUUAUUUUUACUUUGAUGUUUAAAAUAUUCUUUUACCUUAUUACACAUCAACAGACUUACCAUACCUAAUGUAUGUUAAGACUUUUUAAUGUAUGUAUAAUGUGUAUAUAUUAAAUUUCUAUUUAGUACAAGUGUACUAGGUGACCAGGUAAUAACCCGUAACUUGCCAAAAGAUGGCGCUGUUGUUAAACUCUGAGCUGUUCAGUUCUGGAUAUUUUACCCAGCGACCCAUUAAAGCUGAAAGUGACUCAACCUGUCAA